GUCAUCCCACCCUGCGCGUCGUUGCAAUACCCGGAGCCUGUGCGGGUGGACUUCACUUUCAGAAUGAACCCCUGAGAUCCUCCCUGCCGUCACUCCUUACCUACAUGGAUCCUCUGCUCGCGACCGCAACCGCCGCCGACGCACCGUCGGAGGCUACCCCGCCUCCGCCGCCCGCCGAGCCAGCAGUCGAGCCCGCGCGUCUGUGGGCCAUCAGCGACCUCCAUCUUUCGUACAAGGGGAAUCGUGAGGAGCUGGAGAACCUGGAGCCGAAACCUAACGAUGGGCUGAUUAUCUGUGGCGAUGUGGGCGAGACAGCGGAGCAUCUGAGGAUAUGCUUUUCGAUGGCGAAGGCGUGUUUUAAGCAGCUCUGGUGGGUGCCUGGGAAUCAUGAGCUGUUCACUAUGCCCUCGUCAAAUGGGAAACGGGGCGAAGACAAGUAUAUGGAGUGUGUGGAGAUAGCGCGCGAAUACGGGGUUCUGACGCCGGAAGACGACUUCGUGGUGUGGGAGGGCGCGGGCGGGCCAUGCGUUAUUGCGCCCAUCUUCACACUGUACGACUACAGCUUCCGGCCUGACCACGUAGCGCUGGAGGAGGCUCUCGAGUGGGCCGCCGAAGAGAGCAUUUUAGCCACGGAUGAACAUCUCCUCCACAACGACCCUUACGACUCGCGCAUCGAGUGGUGCAAUGCCCUGGUGGAGCGCGCACAAGCGAAGCUCUCAGAAGCAGUCAUGCAGAACCUAGGCACCCGUCUUGUCAUCAUAAACCACUGGCCGCUGCGCGAAGACCUGGUCAACAUCCCUCUCGUCCCGCGCUUCGUCAUCUGGUGCGGCACCAAGCAGACCGAGGACUGGCACAACACAUACAAUGCGAAGGUGGUCGUGAGCGGGCACUUGCACGUCAGGCGGACAGACUGGAUAGACGACACCCGCUUCGAGGAGGUCAGCCUGGGGUAUCCGAAGCAAUGGCACGAAUGUCAACAGCGCGGCAUGGACAUCAAUGACCUCCUUCGCGAGAUAUUACCGGGGUCGGACCCACCGCCACCUGGGGCGCCCACCACGCUAUGGCGGCGGUACGGGAAGGGCACGACUGAGACACAUCCGAUAUUUCUGAAGGGGGCUAAGAGAUGAUCUCCAGAGCGGGUUUUCACCGACUCUGUCCUUUCACGGGCAACUACGCGUGUAUUUUGGGCGAUGUCGACUAGAGCAACCCUGCUAUACUUCGUUUAUUCUCCGACUCAGAUCCUCCGGCAUUCCCUCGGUACAUGUCUCAUCCCCCCCAUCAGUAGCCGGCUUAAAUGUAAAUCAUGCG